AACCGAAUCUGACAUCACUACCUAGCAGUUUGUGUAGCUAGCAAAGUGGUUUGUUCUUAGGGUAGCAGAGGAGGAAAUUGCUCCCUGUCUGAUAAGACAACAGCAAAGAAAGGACGUAUGCUGUUUCAUAGGAAUACGGCUGAUUUCCAGAUAUGACCAUGUAUUUGUGGCUUAAACUUUUGGCAUGUGGCUUUGCCUUUCUGGAUACAGGGGUGUUUGUUACAGGAGAAUCCUCUUCUUCCACUCUUGGACUGAACUCAACAGAAAACCCCAGUGCUCUGACUCCAGGCGACCCUUUACCUGCCCGCACCACUGCAUUCUCACUCCCAAGCAUCUCUGAAAGAGAAAAUAACUCCUCAGAGACCACACCUCCUCUUAAUCCAGACAAUACUUCAACUGAAAGAACCCGGAGCCCUUUGGAUAAUUCUAAUACUCUUACUUUGACAGGUGUUACACAGCCGCCUCUCCACCCCACGCACGCAGACUCGCAGGCGCCCUCUGACGGAUCUGACCCGCAGACACCCAGCAGCACUGCUGCCCUUCCCCCACGCACCCCUGCUCCGGGUGGGAAUGACACUGCAGGCUUCCCAGGAGAGUGGAUUAUACCCAGCAUCUUCCGCGUAGACACAGCUUUCACACCAGUAGCCACCCUCAGCCCUGCACACAGCAGCUCUGCUGCCUUACCCUCUCUCAUCUCCAACACCACCACCAAUGAUAACGCCUCAGAUGUGACUCUUACGUCCGCUUCACCUGCAACAAACAUUACCCAUAAAACUGCUCCCACAGCAAUAGUUCCUACUACACCUAAGCAAUCAUGUGAUGAGAAGUAUGCACAUUUCCCUGUGAAAUAUCAUUAUGAUAAUGAAACUAAGUCAUUUAAGGCAAAACUAAAUGUUAGUGUUUAUGUGAAUUGUGAAAAUGACACAUGUCUAAAGAAUGAGAUCCACGGCCUACCAGAAUGUGCAAAUACUAAUGUUACUAUAAGUCAUAAUUCAUGUCAUACUCCAAAAAUUUUAAACUUGGAGGUGCCACCAGGUCCUGAAGGCUUUAAUUUGAAAGAUUGUACAGAGGCUGAUAAAGCAAAUACUUCUAUUUGUUUAAAAGUAGAAGAAAAAAACUUUACUUGUGAUAAAAAUAAAAUUAGAUACAUAUUUCAAUGUGGUAAUUGUACUGAAGAUAAUAAGAAAGAAGUUAAUUGUGAACACUUUUCACCUAACCAAAGUUAUUCCUGUAGUUUACAAGCAUUCUAUGGUGGCCAUAUGUUUUUGCACAUAAAUAAAACUGUUCAAACAGAUAUUGGAAGUCCAGGCUCACCUCAGAAUUUUAUGUGCAGUAAUAAAAGUGCAAAUGACAUAGUGCUCACCUGGAAACCGCCUCAAGAUUUUUUUCAUAAUUAUUCUCUUUGCUAUAAGAAAGAUGCAGAUGUAAAAUGCAAUAAUCUGAGUAAAGAGAGCACUCGAUAUGAACUGCAAAAUUUGACACCUUAUACUAAAUACCAUGUCUCAUUAAAUGCCUACACCUUUGGAAGAGUGCAACGUGAUGGAAAUCCUGUGACAUGUGAUUGUGAAACAAAAGCAAAAGCUCCAAGUGAAGUCAAGAAAUUACAUGCUUUACUGAAGUCAGAUAAUAGUAUAAUUGUGACUUGUCAGCCUCCUACCAACUUUAAUGGCCGCGGGGAUGGCUGCUACCAUCUGGAAGUCAAAAUUGGAGGUAGUUAUGUUAAAAAUGAUUCAAAAAAAGUUUGUGAAUUCUUUUUAGAAGAUCUUCAAUAUUUAACAAAAUAUGAACUUGAGGUCUACUAUAACAAUGGGUACUUUAAUGGAGCUGCAGAAAGGGUUUCUCAAUCAACAUCUUAUAAUUCUAGAGCACUGAUUGUAUUUCUGGUAUUUCUGAUCAUUGUGACAUUCUUAUGCCUGCUCUAUGUUCUCUAUAAAAUCUAUGACCUGCGCAACAAGAGGUCCAGCAAUAUGGAAGAAGAGGUUAUACUUGUUGAAAGGGAUGAUGAAAAACAACUGAUGAGUGUGGAGCCAAUCCAUGCAGAUAUUUUGUUGGAAACUUAUAAGAGGAAGAUUGCUGAUGAAGGAAGACUUUUUCUGGCUGAAUUUCAGAGCAUUCCACGGGUGUUCAGCAAGUUUUCUAUCAAGGAUGCUCGAAAACCCUUUAACCAGAAUAAAAACCGUUACGUUGACAUCCUUCCUUAUGAUUAUAACCGUGUUGAACUCUCUGAUAUAAAUGGAGAUGCAGGGUCAAAUUAUAUAAAUGCCAGCUAUAUUGAUGGCUUCAAAGAACCCAGGAAAUACAUUGCUGCACAAGGUCCCAGAGAUGAAACUGUUGAUGAUUUCUGGAGGAUGAUCUGGGAACAGAAAGCCACAGUCAUUGUCAUGGUCACUCGAUGUGAAGAAGGAAACAGGAACAAGUGUGCAGAAUACUGGCCAUCAAUGGAAGAAGGUACACGGGCUUUCGGAGAUGUCAUUGUAAAGAUCACUGAGCACAAAAGAUGUCCAGAUUAUAUCAUUCAGAAGUUGAACAUCACAAAUAAAAAAGAGAAAGCCACCGGAAGAGAGGUGACUCACAUUCAGUUCACCAGCUGGCCAGACCAUGGGGUGCCUGAAGACCCUCACCUGCUUCUCAAGCUUCGGAGGAGAGUGAAUGCUUUCAGCAACUUCUUCAGCGGCCCCAUUGUGGUGCACUGCAGUGCUGGUGUUGGACGCACAGGCACUUAUAUUGGAAUUGAUGCCAUGCUAGAAGGCCUGGAAGCAGAAAACAAAGUAGAUGUUUAUGGUUAUGUUGUCAAGCUAAGGCGACAGAGAUGCCUGAUGGUUCAAGUGGAGGCACAGUAUAUCUUGAUCCAUCAGGCCUUGGUGGAAUACAAUCAAUUUGGGGAAACAGAAGUGAGUUUGUCUGAAUUACACUCAUAUCUAUUUAACAUGAAGAAAAGAGAUCCACCCAGCGAGCCAUCUCCACUAGAGGCUGAAUUCCAGAGACUUCCCUCGUAUAGGAGCUGGAGGACACAGCACGCUGGAAAUCAAGAACAAAAUAAAAAUAAAAACAGGAAUUCUUACAUCAUUCCAUAUGACUUUAACAGAGUGUCACUUAAACAUGAACUGGAGAUGAGCAAAGAGAGUGAGCAUGAUUCAGAUGAAUCUUCUGAUGAUGACAGUGACUCAGAGGAAACAAGUAGAUACAUCAAUGCAUCUUUUAUAAUGAGUUACUGGAAACCUGAAGUGAUGAUUGCUGCUCAGGGACCACUAAAAGAGACCAUUGGUGACUUUUGGCAGAUGAUAUUCCAAAGAAAAGUCAAAGUUAUUGUUAUGUUGACACAGCUGAAGAAUAGAGACCAGGAAGCCUGUGCUCAGUACUGGGAAGAAGAAAAACAAACAUAUGGAGAUGUACAAGUUGAUAUGAAAGACACCCAACAAUCUUCAGCUUAUACCCUCCGUGUAUUUGAACUGAGACAUUCCAAGAGGAAAGAUUCUCGGACUGUGUAUCAGUACCAAUAUAAUAACUGGAAUGUGGGUGAGCUUCCUGCAGAACCCAAAGAAUUAAUCUCUAUGAUUCAGACUCUUAAAGAAAAACUUCCCAAGAAUUCCACUGAAGGGAAUAAGCAUCACAAGAAUGCGCCUCUUCUCAUUCACUGCAGAGAUGGAUCUCAGCAAACAGGACUCUUUUGUGCUUUGUUAAAUCUCUUGGAAAGUGCAGAAACAGAAGAAGUGAUAGAUGUUUUUCAAGUAGUAAAAUCUCUCCGCAGAGCUAGACCAGGAAUGGUUCCCACGUUUGAACAAUACCAAUUCCUAUAUGAUGUCAUCGCUAGCACCUAUCCUGCCCAGAAUGGACAAAUAAAGAAAAGCAACCAUCAAGAAGAUAAAAUAGAAUUUGACAAUGAAUUGGACAAAGCAAACCAGGAUGCUAAUUGUGUUGGUUCACCUGGUGCCCUGGAUAAGGACAAUGAAGGAAACAAAGAAGAUGAAGGUAUUAAAGUCACAAGUGGCCCUGAAGAGCCAGAACAUUCUGCCAAUGGUCCUCCGAGUCCAGGUUUAACUCAAAGUGCAUAGGAAAAGACAUAACAUACACAGGACUCAAAACAUUGUAUUAAGUGUUAUUUCUAUUUUUCUAGAAGUAGGAGGACAAAAUAGAUACACAGUGGAUUAAUGAAGUACAUUGGACCAAUUUUUGAGCAGCUUUUAUUUUACUACUGUAGAAACAUAUUUAAGACAGUUUUGCUAAAACGUUUGUACAGAUUUAUGCAUAUUUUAAAUUUUUACCUAUCACUCAGCAAAAAAUAUCUUCUUUGUAGUUUUUGCAUGUGUGUGUGUGAGAGAGACAGACAGCAACAGAAAGGGAGAGAGAGAGAGAGAGGAUGCUUUUAAGUGAAUUUAAAUGCUUUUGAGAAACUUUACCCUUUUAUUUGAAGAAAAAACACAUUUUAUACUGAACAUAUUAACUUAGUUUAAAGGACUAUUUUUUAAAUCAUAAAUUGUGUGUGGGACCUAAGAAUAAAAUGUACAAUUCUAGAAUGACCUCAAGAUGUCCUCCUUGUUCUACUCAUAUUUAUCUUAUAGUUUACUAUUUUAUUUCUAGAAAUAGACAUAAAAGUAGUAUGUGUGUGCGUAGUUACUACAAGAAAGUUAACUAAAUUAACAUUUGGAAAUCUUACAUUCCAUAUGUUAGCAUUUAGUCCAUAUCUUUCAAGCUCAUUUAAUCUAAUUUAAAAUUUUCAAGCAAGCUUAUCUUGUUAUAUUCAUAUGGUGUUUAUAAUUUUGUAGCACGGACUAUUUUUCUCUGUAUAAUAUGUGAAAUUCAUUUCUUGAUACUUUUGACCAAGAAUUAUGUUUGUUGCAGUUGAAUUUAAAUAAACAUCUUUAAACAAA